AUGCAAAUUGCUAAUGCGUAUUCUAUACUUUAUUCGAUUGAGGACAACAGGGAUCUUAAAUUAUGUAACAGCAGCUCGUGGCAAGUAAGAGAACAGAGAAAAAAGUCAAAACACAUUAAACAUAAGAUGAGUGACACCGAAAAUAAAGCUAUUACUUCAAACAGUCCAUCGAUAGUUGUCUAUUGGCUGGCUGAUAGUCGAGCUGAUCGGAUACUGUUGUUGCUUGAAGAAUUAGAAUUACCGUACGUGAUCCAAAAAUUCGAACGGGGUCCGGAUAAACUGGCACCAGCAGAAUUAAAAAAGAUCCAUCCAUUAGGAAAGAGUCCAGUAAUCAAAGAUGGCGACAAAGUUGUAGCCGAAUCAGGUUUUAUUAUUGAUUAUUUAAUUAGUAAAUAUGGAAAAGAAAAACAUCUAAAACCAACAAAUGAAGAAGAUUUAUUUCAAUAUAAUUAUUUCUUACACUAUAUCGAAGGCAGUCUGAUGCCUAUUCUAGUUAUGAAAUAUAUUUUCCUAAAUUUACAAAAACAAGCUCCAUGGUUGGUGAAGCCUGUGGUGAAUGGCAUUUGCAAUAAAAUCGAUCAGUUAUAUUUAGGACCAAAUAUUCGAGCACAUCUGGAUUUUCUCGAAGGAGAACUCAAACAACGCAAAUGGCUCGCCGGUGAACAAUUUUCCGGUGCUGAUAUUCAGGCAAGUUUUACAUUGGAAAUGUUAUUGAAACGAUCGAAUGCAAAUGAAGAAAAUGUGCCUAAUUUAAGCCGAUACGUUGCAGCAAUGCGUGAACGACCUGCAUACAAACGUGCAAUGGAGAAAGUGGGCAAAAGCUGCAUUGCUGAAUGA